GCUUCGACCAAUCAAGGGCGGCCACAGAGUCUGGCAACAACACCGGGGACGUCAACCCAAUCUCGACAGACGACUACUUUCCCCCACUCCAGCUCGUUCGUUUCUACUUCUUUCGUCACCCAACUAUUCGUCAUUUAAUUCGAUAUUGUUUCUUUUGUUGUUUUUGUUUUGAAGCAGUAAGACGGCGCGCACUUUGUAGCAAGGCCCAUUACUAACCAGACGUAAGGAGAACACAAAAUGGAGGUGGGAGACUCUCCAGGAGAGACCAUGACUAUCUUGGUCAAAACAGCCAGCCAGGCUGUGGAGGACCAGACCGUCGACGGCGUCCGCUGGAACUGGACGGUGAAGGAGCUGAAGACGCAUUUGUCCGCCGUUUAUCCAACAAAACCGACUGAGUCUGACCAGAGGCUUAUCUUCGCUGGCAAACUGCUACCCGACCAUCUUUCCAUGAGAGAUCUCUUCAGACAGACUGACUUAAUUCCAACGUUGCAUUUAGUCUUUGCCGUCAGGACGCAGAAGCAAUCACCUGAGGGAGAAAGAGCGCAGGAAACAGAGCAGCCUCAUCUCUCCCUGCCUUCCCCUACUCCACCGAGUCCCAGGAGCACAGCAGUGCUGAGGCAGAGACGGGAGACUUCUUCAAAUCCAGCUGCGACUCAAGUAAACACACAAUCUCCAGCACCACCUCAACAUGCUCCUGCGUGGCCUGGUAACUCAGUGUCUGCUACAUCCCCGAUGACCCAAACAGCGUUCCCAGCCUACUCUCUGUACAGCCCACAACAACUUCUGUGGCUCCAACACGUCUACGCUCAGCAGUAUUUGAUGCAAUACCACGCAGCCUUGGCAGCAGCUGGCACAGCCCCCGCUGUAUCACCUGCAACCGUUGGCCAACUCCCUGCCGUCCACGCGCACCAGGUACCUGUACCAGCACCGAUAGCCAACCAGAACCACAUCCACAUACAGCCAGCAAAUCAGAAUCCGGCACAGGACGGUGCCUUCAUCGACCCAGCCAUAGCCAAUCAGAACAUGAGAAUGAAUGCUCAAGGCGGGCCUGUGAUGGAGGACGAAGAAGACCUGGAACGAGACUGGCUGGACUGGCUGUACUCUGCUGCCAGGUUGGGGGUGAUGCUCAUGAUUGUGUACUUCAACUCCAGCCUAAGUCACUUCCUGCUGGUGAUGGCCACCCUUUUCAUCAUGUACCUUCACACCACAGGCUGGUUCACUUUAAGAAGACGAGAGCAGGCCCCAGGACCCAACCAGCUGCAUCCCCCUGAAGUCCAAAACAACCAGGAGAACGAGAACAGAAUCCCAAAUCCUGCUGCUGUAGGACAGAUGGAAGGUGCUGCAGACAACCAGGAGCCAAUGACUGCUGUGCUGGUGCCUCCAAACAGUUCAUCCAUCAUGUGGACAGUCUGGGUUUUCCUAAAGACCUUCUUCUCUUCGCUCAUACCCGACGGUCGUCAGGGCGUGGCCAACUAACCUUAGCUUCCCCCAAACGGACUUGAGGCCAAGUUAGCAACAAUGGACUACUUCACGCGGUGGAAGGAAAAACUCCCAACUUGACCAAAAACUAGGGGAUGUUGGACGUUGUCAUUAAAAACCUGCAACCAGGUAAUACGUGGAAUUUGAUCAUGGUGUGUGGAACUUAUUGGCCUUCAGACUGUUUAUCUCCAAAAGCCUAAGUCUAAAUGUGCCAAUGGAGCAAAUUGAAGCGUACCUCAGCUCUAUGAGUGAGGAGUUUAGCUCCACACCGCUAUUUAUAAGGUAGUGGACAUUGUUAAAUGUUUGCGCUUGAAAGAGGUCAGUAGGAAUAUGUUUUACAUUUGAACGCCACCCUUACAGGCCAAACAAAAAGUUGUGAACGACCAAAUUUGGCCCGUGAGCAUCAUGUUGGGCCCCCUUGCUUUGAGGUUUCGAAAAUAAAGAUGUUGGGAUUAUUUACAGCAGCCUCGAAAUUAAAAGCAGGGAUCUACUGAUUUUUGGGGCUUUUUUUUUUUUAGACUUCGAUUUAGAUCAUUUUUGUUUUCAUAUGAACAUGUGGGAUUGAGGGAAAUAUUUGAGGUUAGACUGGUCUAUCCAAACCCUGCACCAAUACAAUACAACCAAGGAUCUUACACCCAAGCAUACUUGCCAACCCUCCCGAUUUUCCCGGAGUGACCACCCCCCCCCGAAAGUCUCCCGGGGCAACCAUUCUCCCAAACUUCUCCCGAUUUCCACCCGGACAACAAUAUUGGGGGUAGUGCCUUCUGCCUUUAACGUCCUUUUUACUACCUGUCGUCACGUCCGUUUUUCCUCCAUACAAACAGCGUGCUAGACCGGUCACGUAAUAUAUGCGACACACAUAAGUGAAUGCAAGGCAUACUUGGUCAACAGCCAUACAGGUCACACUGAGGGUGGCCGUAUGAACAACUUUAACACUGUUGCAAAUAAGCGCCACACUGUGAACCCACACCAAACAAGCAUGCCAAACGCGUUUCGGGACAACAUCCGCACUGUAACACAACAUAAACACAACAGAACAAAUAGCCCGAAGCCCUUGCAGCACUAACUCUUCAGGGACGCUACAAUAUGCACCCACCGCUACCACUGAACCCCCCCCCCCCCCCCCCCCAUGUCCCGAAUUUGGAGGUCUCAAGGUUGGCAAGUAUGCACCCAAGGACCAUACAUUUAAGACCUCACACCAAGGACCAUGCACCCAGUUAGAUGAUUUUUCUCGUUUUUUUUUCCUUUACCAGCACUUUUGUUGCUCCAAUCAGAUAAUGUAUUUUAUGUGGAAUAUUGUGGAUGCUGAAAAAGAAAUGACAGUUAGAUGAUGUGUUAUCUGAGCUCUUUUUUUUAAUUAUUUGUAGCGUUUGCUAUUAAACCAGCACCUUUUGUUA